AUGAGCAAGAGACAGGACACGCUCUGGACGGCGUUCCGACGGCAGCAGCAGCAGCCGAGCGGUAAGCGGCAGAAGGUGCAGACGCACGAGGAGACGGAGCCGUCGGUCGCUCGACGGAAACAGCGCCGUGCGGUCGCGGACGAGGACGAGGCGGGUACGAGAAGGCUCAGCCAGUGUGGGGGCACGUCGUUGCUGUCUGCGCGCGCGCUGAAGGCGCUGGAGAGGCUGUUGAUGGACGUGUUUGUGUCAAUGUGCGCAGAUACAGAGACGGAGACAGCACGUGCAGUUGUCGUAGUGGGCGAAGGGGAGGAGGAGGAGGAGCUUGAAACGCAAGAGACGCCACUGGAAACGCUCAAACUGAACGAGCGAAAGGAGAUCAAAGACAGUGUUCAUGGACUCAUGACGUUUGAGCCGAUUUGCAUGAGGAUCAUUGACACACUGCAGUUCCAGCGACUGCGCAACUUGCACCAGCUUGGAGCGGCCAACUUUGUGUACAUUGGCGCAACGCACUCUCGCUUCGAGCACUGCCUCGGGGUGGCCCAUUUGGCUCAAAAGAUGAUUGAGAGCAUUCGCUCGCACCAACCAUGGCUGCCAAUUACGGUCCAGGACGUUACGUGCAUCAAGGUUGCGGGGCUGUGCCAUGACUUGGGCCACGGACCGUUCAGCCACGUGUUUGAUGGAUUGUUCCUCGAGCAACUACGGAAGAAGAACAUCAUUGACGCGGCGUUCGAGUGGUCGCACGAGCAAGGGUCGGUGGACAUGUUUGACUUUUUGCUUUGGAAGAACACGAUCCGUGUCGAGGACUACGGCUUGAAUCAGCAGGAUGUGUUGUUUAUCAAGGAGCUCAUUUGGGGCGGACCUUUGCCCGAUUCGAAUGGCGUUCUACACGGACGGCCAUCUCGUGACCAGCGAUUCCUGUACGACAUCGUGAACAAUGCGCACUGUGGGCUGGACGUGGACAAGCUGGACUAUUUUAUGCGUGACUCUCUUCACACGGGCGCGAAAAUGUCUUGUGACACGGACUUGCUGAUUCGCAAUGCGCGCGUGCUGGUUGAUCAAGAAGACCCGGACGAAAGCAUGGUAAUUUGCUUUCCCGAGAAGCUAGCAGGACAGGUCAUGCAGGCUUUUCGCACGCGCUACGAGCUUCACCAGUCUGUGUACCAGCACAGAGGAGUUCGUGCUAUCGACUACAUGCUCUGCGACCUUCUGAUCGCCGCGAACGAUACGUUAUUGUUCAAAGGACAGCGGAUUUCUGAGAUCAUGCAGUCAAUGGAGGCGUAUCAGCAUUUCGAUGAUCGAGUGUUGCUGAAGAUUCAGGAGAGCGAUGGUCCUGAGCUCUGUGUGGCCAGAUCGAUAUUGAAUCGCAUUUACUCGAAACCGUACUACACCUUUGUCGGCAAAACAGCGUCGACAGCCCACUCGCAGCACGCAUCAACGGACGUGCUUCUAGAGGAAGUGUUGCGUUGUUCACCUCGUCGGUCGUUGAUCCGCGAUAAAGACGCGGUCAUUCUGGAGAUCAUGCGUGUUCACUACGGCAAAGGAAAGGAAGACCCUCUUCAGUACGCUCGAUUUUAUUCGAAAAAUGCAACGGCAAGCUCCCGGUGCUUUCGCUUGCCCGAGUGUGCGUACGAGAUGUUCAGCCCGCAGAGGUUUGAGGAGUGCUCCAUCCGGAUGUUUGUGAAAGAAACGCAGUUGGUGCUGCCUGUUCGCGAGGCGUUCGAGAGAUGGUGCUGCAAGUACAACAAAUCUCAAGCGUUCCCGCUGCGAUUCCACACGUUGCUGGAGUUGCAGUAG